UUCAAAACCCCCCGCCACUCUAGCCGGUCCUCGCUGCCCUCGCUGCCGCCGCCCUUCGCGCCCCGGGCCGCCCCACUCCCUCCUCCCGCGGCGGAUCCACCAGACAGCUAGGCCCUGGCCGGGGGCAGGGGGGACGCCCCCUUAGGGGCACCCCCCCGGCUCGGAGCCACCCGCCGGGAGCGGAGGAAGGAGCAGCCCCGAGGCCCCAGAGUCUGAGACGAACCGCCCCCGCCGCCGCCGCCGCCGUGGGGAGGGGGGAGGAGGAGCGGGAGGAGGGACGAGCUGGUAGGAGAGGAAAAAAGUUUUGAGACUUUUCCGCUGCCGCUGGGAGCCGCAGGCGCGGGGACCGCUUGGCGCGACGCUGCCCAGCGAGGAGACAGGACUCGGGGAUCCCAGAUCGCCUCGCUGCCUCGGACGCUUGCUCCCUCCCUGCGCCCCCCCCCCGGCGUCCCUCAGGCACCCCACUCCGGACCAGCCCUCAGGAAACGCGAACCCGACCACCGCGAAGACUUGACCCAAGACCUUGGGCGCACCCCCUGCACGCUCCCCACCCCCAGCCUCUCCCACGAGCCCCCACGUCCAAGAACCCUUGUCCUCCGGGAUCCGAGCAGAACCUCUGACCUGUCUCCGCUCCCCUGUUCAAGACCACCCACCUCUGGUACGAGAUCGCUCCACCUUGGGUUUUUCCGUAGGACAACCAGCAGCCGCUCACCGGGACUCCCUCCUCCCUGGACCUCAUCUUCCCCCCCACCCCCUUCACCCUCUGACUCUCCUACCUUUCGUCGGAAGACCCCCACCCCCAGCCCCAGCGGGAGCGGCGCCUCCCUUUCCCCACGGCAGCCCGGCCCGCGCUCUCGGCAGUGCCGGGGGGCGCUGCCUCCCCCAUGCCGCCCUCCGGGCUGCGGCUGCUGCCGCUGCUGCUGCCGCUGCUGUGGCUACUAGUGCUGACGCCUGGCCGGCCGGCCGCCGGACUGUCCACCUGCAAGACCAUCGACAUGGAGAUGGUGAAGCGGAAGCGCAUUGAGGCCAUCCGCGGCCAGAUCCUGUCCAAGCUGCGUCUCACCAAGGCCCCGAGCCCGGGGGAGGUGCCGCCCGGCCCGCUGCCCGAGGCCGUGAUGGCCCUUUACAACAGCACCCGCGACCGGGUGGCCGGGGAGAGCGCGGAGCCCGAGCCCGAGCCCGAGGCGGACUACUACGCCAAGGAGUUGACCCGCGUGCUGACGGUGGACAACAACCACGAAAUCUAUAAGAAAUUCAAGCACAACUCACACAGCAUAUAUAUGUUCUUCAACACGUCGGAUCUCCGGGAAGCAGUGCCUGAACCCCACUUGCUCUUCCGGGCCGAGCUGCGCCUGCAGAGGCACAAGUUGAAAGUGGGGCAACACGUGGAGCUGUACCAGAAAUACAGCAACAAUUCCUGGCGCUACCUCAGCAACCAGGUGCUGGAUUCCGGCGACACACCUGAGUGGCUGUCCUUUGAGGUCACUGCAGUUGUGCGGCAGUGGCUGAACUACAGAGGCGAAAUCCAGGGCUUUCGUCUCAGUGCCCAUUGCUCCUGUGACAGCAAAGAUAACAUACUCCAUGUGGAAAUCAACGGAAUCAGUAUUGGCCGCCGGGGUGACCUGGCCACCAUUCAUGGCAUGAACCGGCCCUUCCUGCUUCUCAUGGCCACCCCGCUGGAGAGAGCCCAGCACCUGCACAGCCCCCGACACCGCCGAGCCCUGGACACCAACUACUGCUUCAGCUCCACGGAGAAAAACUGCUGCGUGCGGCAGCUCUACAUCGACUUCCGCAAGGAUCUGGGCUGGAAAUGGAUCCACGAGCCCAAGGGCUACCACGCCAACUUCUGCCUGGGGCCCUGCCCCUACAUUUGGAGCCUGGAAACGCAGUACAGCAAGGUCCUGGCCCUAUACAACCAGCACAACCCCGGCGCGUCGGCGGCGCCCUGCUGCGUGCCGCAGGCGCUGGAGCCUCUGCCUAUUGUGUACUACGUGGGCCGCAAGCCCAAGGUGGAGCAGCUGUCCAACAUGAUCGUGCGCUCCUGCAAGUGCAGCUGAGCCCCCUACCCCUCCCGCCCCGCCCCGGCAGGCCCGGCCCCGCCUCCCCUUCCCCUGCCCGUCGCGCCGGGCUGUAUUUAAGGACACCGGCCCCACCCCCCUUCUCCCGGCCAAGCCCACCUCGGGGCCCAUUAAAGGUGGAGAGAGGACUGGGGUCUCGGUGUCCUUGGCUGACAGGGUCUCUACCGAUGUUCCUGGACUCCCGCUCCAUCUGCCGCCUCCUGUCUCUCUCUUCACUUUUCAUUUGCCCCUCCUACCACUUACCAAGCACUUCUUAUGUUCCAGGUACUCCUGGUAAGCACUACAUUUAUUUAUUGAGCACUUUGGGCCUUGUUCUAAGUGCUUAUGUUAAUCAACUCACUCACCAUAACAAGCUCUGGGGAUUCUUAUAACGCCCACUUUAAAGGUGAGGAAACUCAAGUCCAGAGAGGUUAAGAGACUCGUUCCUGCCCACCAGGAACCUACUUUUCCGGGAAGAGACAGACAUUGUAAAUGGCAUGAAGGCAGGAAAGCAGGAUGGAGUGUGAGAUGGGACAGGGAGGAUCUCUUGGAGGAGGUAGCUUUUGGGACCUGAAGGCAGCUUAGGGGAGGAAGAGGGAGUGUGUUCUGGGAAGGACAGAAGGCAAGGCCGGGAGUGAGGAUAAACUUGGGGUGAGGGAGGGAGGAACAAGGUCAGUGUGGUUGGAAAGGAGGGCCAAGGGGAAGGGUGUUGGGAGCUGAGUCAGAUGGUAACACCCACAGGCCAGAGAGUGAUAAUCCUCCAUGCCAGGUAUGAAUCUACCAGCUCACUGCAUUCUCCCCACAGCGCAGCAGAGCAGGGGUUGGCAAACUACAGCCUGCAGGCAAAUUCUGACCUGCUGCCUGUUUCUGUAAAUAAAGUUUUAUUGGAGCACA